GGACAAUUGCCGAUGGCUCACGAGAGGCUGGGCACGACGUUUCGUUGAAGAUCAAGCUUACUGUCUCUUGGGUUAUUUCGGCAUCCAUAUGCCACUACUGUAGGAAGAAAGUCAGAAGGCCUUCCAUCGCCUCGAACAAGAAGUGCUUGAUUCCCCAGUCUCCGCUUUUGCACUAUACGUUCUCAACGAUGGAAGGGGAAAAUUCGACUCGGGCUCAUGCGAGUUGGAAUCGUCAGCUGUGCCGGAACGUGAUCGGGUUGUACAGACCGGUGUAGCUGAGGCGUCCAUACUCGUCAUCAUGCGUUGGACUGCAACCUGUAUAUUGCUGGACUUGCAAGUCGAAAAGGUGGACAGCGCUCACAUCCUUUCAAUCAAGAGCAGAGGAAAGAAUACCCAGUGACACUGCUUCCACUCAACUUGGCGGCUCCACGACUUGAUCAUUUGCCAUGUCAACCAAGUGGAACAACGAAGCCGUGGAAGCACAUGAGCCACAAGCAAGUCGAGAGCUGGCACUUCUUGAAGCAGCAGAAUACGGCCAGUCUCGGAGAGUCAAGCGUCUGCUUGAUGCUGGCGAUGUGGACGUCGACUUUGUGGAUAGCAAAGGACGUGCUGCGCUACACUUCGCAGCUCAGGGAGGCCAUCUAGACAUCGUCAACGCACUGAUCGCAGCCAAAUGCGAUGUCGAUCACUCAAGUAAGAUCCAUGGAACCGCACUCUGCGUAGCUGCCAGAAAGUCCCAUAGAGACAUUGUAAAUGCUCUGCUAGAGGCAGGUGCUACUUGACCGAGGCGCCAACAUCGAAGCGAAAGCAAUUUGUUUCUUCACUCCC